AUGAGGUCAGGUUCUCAUACUUACCAAGGAAAGGAAAAAUCUCAGCAGAAGAAGCCGUAUCAACGCCCGGAGGGGGAAGGUUUUACCUCAGGAUCUUACAAGCCUUUGACUGCUGUCACUCCAGGGGCAAGAAACCGAUCAUCACACCCAGAGGUGACCUGCUUCAGGUGUGGGAAGACUGGACAUUAUGCGAACGCAUGUAUGAACCAAGGGCCCCGAUGUUUCAAUUGCAACCAACCAGGGCAUAUGACCGUCGAUUGCAGGGCACCCAAGGUUGAACCAACUGUCAACACUGCAAUGGGAAAGCGUCCUGCUGCUAGAGGAAGAGUUUAUAUCAUGGAUGGAGAAGAAGUUGGAGGAGCUGAUGGGGUAAUUAGAGAGAAACGCAGGAACGAUGGUAACUUUCUAACUAUUCCUGCUAAUUUCUAG